CUUCCAUUGCAUCUCCUCGAGGGCCUCACUUCUCCGGUCUUCGCUUCAACGACCUUCUCUCUUCUCUCAGCUCAUCAUGAACUUUGCAGGCUGUUAUGAGUUUGCCUGUCGGACUCCUCGCAGGGGAGAGACUCAAUAUGACAUUCUCGUGCUUGCCUACAAGCUUUACCAUCAAGAUCAAAAAAACAAAUUCAUCCUUGAGCAUGUUUGGAGAAUCCUCAAGACUGAUCAAAGUUUCUGCCAAGAAGAAAGCUAAACUUUCAUCUGUAGAACAAGAAAGUCUUAAAAGGCCUAUAGGUGUGAAGGCAGCCAAGGCUUCAGCCAAGUCAAAAGGUAAGGGAAAGAGUGAAGGAGGAGCUGACGCUGGUUCUGCUGAUUAACUUCAGCGUAUGUGGGAAGUGAAAGAGAAGGAUUUGACUGUCAAAGAGAGACUCUCCAAACAUAAGCUACUUGACAGCCUACUUAAUAGGUCUAAUGGAUUGAGUGAUAUGGAAAUUCAAAUUAAAAAUUCUCUUAUCCAAGAGUAUCUUUCUGGAAGCAAUGUGUUUGUUUCUGAGAAUGAAUAUUCUGGUCUUUAGGUAUGUGUUGUUAGUUCAGUUCUUUUGUUAACUUAACAUUUAUUAUUAUUUUAUAUUCUUUGCUUUUUUAUGUGCAAGACUUCCUCUUGGAAGCUAGUGAUGUCGGCAAGGAAAGGAGAUGUGGGGUAUUGAUGCUUGAAUGUAGGGUUGUGUAAUAUAUUCGGAUGUACCUUGUUUUUGUUUUUAGUAGUUGUUUUGGAUG